AUGGGAUCGAAGCUUAGCCCGAUCUUGUCACAAUAUGUAAUGGACCAUCUACUGGAUGUAUGUAUACCGUUGCUGUCAUUCAAUCUCAUUUUCCUGAAGAAAUUUGUUGACGACCUAAUCCUUGCACUGCCUCACACAGGCAUAGAUGAAAUACAACAAAUUUUCAACAGCUAUGAUCCACACAUACAAUUUACAAUAGAGAGAGAAGAUGAAAAUAAAACAGUACCCUUUUUAGACACGAAGGUAUGUAGAAUAAAUAACACAAUUAAACUAGACUGGUACAGAAAGAAUUCAGCAUCCAAUAAGUUCAUCAACUAUCAGUCAGAACAUCCAAUACAAGUAAAAAUAAAUUGUGUUAAAGAAAUGAAAGCCAGGAUCAAGAACAUUUGUCACCCAGAUUUGGUGGAUGCGAAUCUGAAGAAAUUAUACCGGAUAUUUCAAGAAAACUCUUAUCCGAGAGGAUUACUAAACAAAUUAUUGUACGAGUCAAAUAAUAAUCCAGAACAACCUAAACCUGAACCAAAACCACCUGAAGCAGCAGAAGGAGAUGAUAACAGAAUGCCAGAAAACACAAAAUAUGGUUCCCUGCCAAAUAUUAGAGAUUUGACUAGUAAGAUCAAAAAUUGUUUCAAGGAGGAAAAUAUAAAGAUAGCAACGUAUAAUACAAAAAGCAUUUCAAGAUUAUACAGCAGAAUAAAAGAUCAAACACCAACACUACUUAGGUCAAAUGUUGUCUAUAAGAUGAAUUGUGCGGAAUGUGAGUGCACAUAUAUUGGUCACACGUCCCAGUGGCUAAAAAGCAGAUUGGCCUUACACAAAAGUGACAUCACAAAAAACAACCAGCGAUGUGCUUUAACCAUACAUGCGGUAGAGAAAGGACAUAGGAUUGACUUCGACAGUGCAGAGAUAGUGGCAACUCAGAAAAAGUAUAACAAAAGACUCAUACUCGAGAUGAUAAACAUAAGGAACCAGAAAGACCCAAUAAAUAAAAAGACCGACGUACAGAAACUAAGUAAUGUAUAUACCUAUCUACUCACAUACCCUAACAUUAAAGAACGAAAAAAUUUUUAUGAUGGACCGUUGGAUGAAUAA